AGGGCCUGGGAAAUCAGAACCUGAAUGCCUAAGGUCUUAGAAGCUUAGUGGGAAGCCACUGUGCUUUCUGCUCUCCUUGCCACCACUGCUAGUGUCACAUUCCCGGGCCAAGAGCAUGGACAAGCUGCUACUGUGGGUCUCUGUCCUCAUGGGCCUCCUUCCAGAAACCUUCACUCAGACAGACCUUGGUGGGAAGGUAUUUGUGUUCCCUAAAGAAUCUGGAAGCAGUCAUGUGAAGUUGAUCACUCAGCUGGAGACACCUCUGCAGAACUUUACAUUGUGUUUUUGGGCCUACAGUGACCUUUCCCGUGGCUACUGCCUUUUUUCCUACAACACCCGGGACAAGGACAAUGAGUUAGUAGUUUAUAAGGACAGACUUGGAGAGUACAGUCUGUACAUUGGACAGACAAAAGUCACAGCCAAAGUUAUUGAAGAGCCCCUUUCCCCAGUGCACUUCUGUACCAGCUGGGAGUCAUCCUCAGGCAUUGCUGAAUUUUGGGUCAAUGGGAAGCCUUUGGUGAAAAAGGGUCUUCGGCAGGGAUAUUCUGUGGAUGCUCACCCCAGCAUUGUCUUAGGACAGGAGCAGGAUACCUAUGGAGGCGGGUUUGAUAAAAGCCAGUCCUUUGUGGGAGAGAUCGGGGAUUUAUUCAUGUGGGAUUAUGUGCUGUCCCCAACAGAGAUUAUAUUUGCAUAUCAGGGUUCCCCUCUCAAUCCUAAUGUCUUGGACUGGAAAGACCUGAACUAUCAAGUAAAAGGCUAUGUGGUCAUUAAGCCCCGUGUGUGGUAGUAAGGUCUUACAAAGAAGGCUCCUGAAAAUGAAAUAAGCAAUGUCUAAGAAAUCUGCUCACAGUAAGUGAACACUAGGUCCUAUACUAUCACUCUUUCUUCUCUUUGAGCUUCCUAUUUACUUAUCUGCCUAAUAAAAAUGUUGUAUUUUGCCACUUG